CCUCCCUCCUCCUCCUCCUGCCGCCGCCGCCGCCCGCGCGCUCCGCCAGACCACAGCCAGCGGUCCACUCGCCGAGGCGAACUCCGGACACCGACCCGCUCCUUCCUCCUUCCUCCUCCUCCUCCUCCUCCUCCUCCUCCCGUUAACCUUGAAGGGACUACUUCACUGGGCAUUUGGAGAGGAAAAAAAAGGAUAGUGGAAGCAGGAGCAUCAUCUUCCUUAUUUGAGGUUGAGAACAUUGUGUGGACUCCACCUACCCAAAUCAGUGUGUGCACCAUGGUGUCUAAACCUCACCCUCCUCUAAUGAAGAAGCACAGUCAGACGGACCUGAUUAGCCGCCUGAAGAGCCGGAAGAUCCUUGGAGUCGGCGGUGAGGAUGAUGAUGGCGAAGUACACCGCUCAAAGAUUAGCCAGAUGCUCGGAAACGAGAUGAAGUUUGCAGUGCGAGAACCUAUCGGGCUGAGGGUGUGGAUACUCGUCUCUGCAGUGGGUUUCACAGUCAUGGCCCUGAUGGCCCUGGUGUUUCCCAACCAGCUUUAUGAGGUUGUUUUUGAGGAGGAGCUCUCCUCCACGAGCAUCUCCAUUCGCCUUUAUGGAGGCGCGCUGCUUAGCCUGGCCCUCAUCAUGUGGAACGGUCUGUACACAGCAGAGAAGAUCAUCAUCCAGUGGACUCUGCUCAGUGAAGCCUGCUACUUUGCUGUCCAGUUUCUAGUGACAUCCAUCACCUUAAUAGAGAUUGGGAUCCUGCCCAAUGCUGCCGUGCUCCUGCUCCUCAGUCGAGUGCUCUUCCUGUCGGUCACUAUGGCUUACUACUACCACCUGGGCCGCAGGCCAAAGAAGAUCUGAGCUGCCUGUGUGAUACGUCCAGCGAGGGGACAACUGAGCAAAGAUCACAAACGUGGGGUCAGAAGAUUUGGAUUAUUAUUUGACUGGGACUCUGAGCUUUUCUUUUGCCAGUGGAUGCCCCCCCCUCCCUGCCCCUUACUAUGGCACCUAACAUAUUGUGACCCCCCCAGUAUUCAACAGAUGAGCAAAUCCUCACAUUCCAGACUCGACAACAAGAAUGAGACACCCCAUGGUGAAAGUGAGUUACUCUUUCACUGGACUGUGAGGUCCAGCCCCUCCUGAUACAUUCGUCCUUUGUGCAGUGCUGUUAUUCUAAAGAAGGAGCUAGCAGUAUGAAGUGCAUUGCAUUCUCGUAUAUAACCUAGUUCUAUGAUUUAAUAUGUACAGUACAGGGUCAUUUCAAAAAUCUGACUGUGUUGUUAAUGUACAGCUUCAUGAUUUCCAGAAUGGGUAUUGAGUAUUAUCUGUUAGAUAAAAAGUUGCUUCUGGACACGGCCUCUUAAUCAAACUCAAGGACCAAGAAUUUGUGCUUAAAUUUCUUUCCUGUUUGAUGUUGUUGAUAUUAACUCAAACUGUAUGUAUGCUGAAGUGAAGCAUGGGUGUGUAUCAUGCUACUCUGACUGCUCCCCACUGGACACACUAAAUGGAAAAUGCAUCAACUGUGAUUAGUGCAACAUUCAGGCGCAGUCAGAUAAGCUUAGUGCUGGAUGAGUGACAAUGAACCUUUUUUCUUACAGUGCUGAUAGCUUUCUUGGUCGGCACACCGAGGAAACUCCUGAAGGUCAGUUUAUACUCUCAAUCACGCCCACCAACCGUUCACACUGAGACUACCCAAAACGAAAUGCUGAAUCAAAUUCAUUUUUUUCAGGGAAAAGUUGCCUCUUUUUUUUUAUUUCUAGAGGUGUCGGUCAUGAGGUUCUACCAAAGGAAUUGUUUUGUACAGAAUACUUACACCGCUGAGAUUAAUAUAUGUAAUGUUGAUGAAUGCACAUGUGAACCGACUCGUAAAAGGGUUAUUCUACCCGUGUUGUGUGUGCACUGAUACGCAGGAUGGAAGCCCGAGUGAUCUUACAGAAAGUAUUUACCAUUCUCAACUUGACUGUAGAGCCAGUGUCUCAAGCCGAGCACGUCAGUGCGCAGGGUAAACAGACCUGACCUGGUUCCUCUUUAGUAAUGUAGCACAGUUUUUAACAAAUAUCAUAUCCUUAGUCCUGCCUCAUAUCUACUUUAAAGUACAGUCUUCAACACUGCAUCCUACUUCUUGUAUAUAUGUAAAUAAAAUGACUUACUAUUAUGUGAUGGUCGUGUGAACCGAACAGGGAACUUGUUCAGUAUUAGUUUGACGAUUUUCCAAGAUGACACUUGUGUUUUGACACCAUGCAUGCAAUAUUAUCCAGCAAAAGAAAUAUGGCUCAAACUGUGUAGCAAGCUGCCACCAACCACAACACAAAGCUGACAAAUAAAGAUGUUACUGGGGCGAAUGAGUGCAGUAGCCAAAAAUGACAUAAAACCAGAAAAGGAAAAGUUGAUAUAACGGGUAGUCGCCCAUCACUUAUAACACAAUGAAUUUGUUAAAAAACAUUUUCUACCUCCCAAUACUGACUCUGAUCUCCGCAACUCAUACUCUACAGCACAUAAGGUCAGUCAAAAUGACAGUCUAUAGAUAGUUUACUCAUUUGUUAAAUUCAACUUGAAACAUAAUUUUGAGUCAAACAAGGAACAUGUGGGAAGACUCUUCCAACGGUGGUCCACAUUGUUGUAAAUGACCGUGUUGAGUUCAGCCCUAGAAGGGAGUGGUCCUGAGGUCACAGUGAUUGUGGGUUUUGCAGUUGCGAGUCCAGUGCAAGGGCAGAUGUUGAGUUUUCGCUUCAGAUAGGGAACGUGAAACAUGGGUGAGGUCUCUCAUACUCCUGAAAAGUUGUAAUUAUCCUUUUUUCCAGUGUUUAAUUAAAUACAACUCUCCUGAGUGACACUGCGUGCCCCAACCCACUGCUCUGUCCUGACUAGCGUGGUAAUUAUGGAGUUCAAGAAAAAUCCUGUUCCAUUUCUGUAGAUACUAGAGGCCUCAAAUCAUCAGCCUCGUGAAAUGUUCAAAAGUCUGUAGGGCGGGUUAUUUUGGGAGAGAUGGGCAGUUCCAGGGGGAUGGGCAUCAGUGGGGAGGCAAAGAAAUGGCUCUUUCAUCCUCCUGGUUCUCUGACGUAAAUUAGUCAAGAUAUUACCUUGGUAAGUUGUGUCCUUGAAAUCUUAGAGGAAUGGUAAGUUGAGCUGCUCAUUUCCUCUGAUGUAGAUCCAAGUGAUAUUGCACUGUUGUGACUAGCAUACCAGGUUAAACUGUUCCAAGUUGUAGCAUUGUGUUUUUAUGUAGCCUAUAUAUGUGUUAUUCUGUACCUCAAAAAUGAAUUGUUAUGGAUUUCCACUAUUUACUUUGAAAUAAAGAACAUUAUCGUUUACUGUUGAAGACUUC